CACCCUCGUCGUAAUUGAAGCAGAUGUAAAUUAUCAUUCGCGAUCAUUUUCUGUUUUCCAACUACACCGUUUGGUUUUCCUGAUAUUGUCUGAUCACAGAUUCACAGUUUUAAAAGUACGCCCCUCUCUGAUUUUUGACAUUUUGUACACUUAACAGAGUGUCACUUGUACGAGCAUUAGAGAAGAUGCGUCUGUGCUGUCGUGUUCAUCCCCUGGUUCGAGCCGCUUUUGCCGAAUUUAUUGGCACCUUCAUUCUUGUUGCCAUCGGAAAUGGAAGCGUAGCCCAAUCACAAUUGACCCAAGGCGAAAAGGGCAAUUAUUUCACUAUCAACUGGGGAUGGUGUAUUGGAUGUUGCCUUGGAAUUCUCGUUUCAGCUAAAGCAUCAGGUGGCCAUUUGAAUCCAGCAGUAACAAUGGCUCUCGCAGUGGCAAAAGAUUUCCCGUGGAAAAGGCUUCCAGUGUACUGGUUUGCACAGUACUUGGGAGCUCUGGCUGCGUCUGGUACCGUCCUUGGCGUUUAUUACGAAGCAAUUAUUGUUAGAAAAAUUGAUGGCAAAUUCAGGAUUCAUGCCAAUGCUUCUGAGCCCGGAUCGGCUGCCAUUUUUGCCAAUUAUCCGGCCCCUUAUUCGUCAGUUGUUACUGGUUUAGUUGAGGAGAUUUUAUGUACAACGAUAUUUAUGCUUGUUAUAUGCGUGGUAACAAAUCCAAAGUAUUCAAAAGUCCCCAGUUUUUUGCAGCCGUUCUACAUUGGUUUCACCCUUUUGGCCGUCGGAGUGGCUUACGGUUCUAAUGGAGGAUACGCUCUCAACCCGGCUCGUGAUUUAGCUCCUCGACUUGUUUCUUAUUUCGGUGGAUUUGGAUCACGCGUAUUCAGUUUCCGCGGAUACAAUUGGUUUUGGAUCUUUUUGGUCGGGCCGCAUGUUGGAGCCAUUCUGGGUGUUUUUAUCUUUCAUUUUAUUCUCAUGGAAAUGGACCAACCAGCGAGCGUGGAAGAAAAAAUGAAUAGUUCGCAGUUGCCAAUCGUGGAUUACGAAUAUGAAAUGGCGAAUGAGCUGGACGUCAAGCCUCAAGCCAAUAACAACAAAGGUCCUGAGCAACGUCUGCAGUAUCAAUGUGAAGAAUACGUUGACAUCGCAUCUCCAAUUUAAACUUUUCUUCAAUGUUCCGCCGUCUGUCCGUAAGCAAAAGUCAACCUUAGUACAUUUAUUUUACGGUAAC